AAGAUUUAGACGAUUUAGUUAUCAUGAUCAGGUAAAGAGAGGUGCGCGUGUCUACGCGCGAAGUUGGCCACAGCAUCAUUUUAUACAAGGAAUAUACCUAAAAAGUGUUUUUAAUAAAGGUCAAUACAGUGCAGUGAUAAGUGGUAUUGUACAAAACUCGUAGUACGAGCAAGCGGGUAUGUGAGAUGACGCGAUAAGUAACUGUUACAGCGGUGUGUUCAUGUGUUGUUUAUUUUCAAUAUUACGUCAUCGUGUUAAUGAAAACCAUCUUUAGGCUUGGAAUUUUAAGCACUGUCUGUACCGUUCUUAAUUGAUUUAUUAUCGUGUCUUGAAAUCAUUUCGGUUCGCAGUUUAGUGUUAACAAGUGUCUGAAGAUGUUGAAAGCAUGCUGGGAUUGUUGGACAGGAAGCGGUGUGGAAAAUGGGCGUGGUGAUGGCGUUUAUGGCACUCAGUUGAAUGGCGGCAGCGAGAGCGUUCCCCUGCGGCCGGUGCGAUCGACAGAAAGAAACAUGUUUGUGAUACCGCGGGCGCUGAGCAACGGAGAUUCUUUGGAGGUCUCUUGCACUAUCAAUAAUCCAAACAGAUUCAUUGCCAAUUUGUUGACGGGAUCACCAAGGCCAGAUAAUAAUAAUAUCGCCUGUCAAAUAGACAGUGAUUUCCAGAGAAAUGAAAUCGCUGUCAGAGUCAUAGAAAAUGGUCAGCAAGCCAUUCCAGAAUCUGACCAGGUCAAAGGCCAAGCCAAUGGUAUGAUGUCAGGUUCCUCAGAUGUCUUAUUAGAAUUUAAAUUUGAAGGGGGCUAUGGAAGAACUACUUUGGAAAUGUAUAUAAAUCGAUCAUUUUUAGAUGUCCUCGAAUUGAAACAUGAUGUUGAAAAAAUAACAUUUUUGGAAAUGUUAGGAGAUGUUAAGGUUACCGGACUAAAUUUUAAAUUUGCUUAAUAAUCUUGUAAGUACAUAAUAUUUAUGUAUACAUAUUUUUAUAAAAUAAUCAUAAAUAUAAUUAUGUAAUUAAAUUUUUCAAGCGCUGGUGGCCUAGCGGUAAGAGCGUGCGACUUUCAAUCCGGAGGUCGCAGGUUCAAACCCCGGCUCGUACCACUGAGUUUUUCGGAACUUAUGUGCGAAAUAUCAUUUGAUAUUUACCAGUCGCUUUUUGGUGAAGGAAAACAUCGUGAGGAAACCGGACUCCCAAUAAGGUCAGGUAACCCUCUGGGUUGGAAGGUCAGGUGGCAGUCGCAUUCGUAAAAACUAGUGCCUAAGCCAAUUCUCGGGAUCAGUUGCCAAGCGGACCCCAGGCUCCAAUAGCCGUGGCAAAAUGCCAGGAUAACGCGAGGAACAUGAUGAUGAUGUAAUUUCAUUUUUCCUGUGUUAAAGCUAAAAGGCUCGCAAUUUUCAACCCAUUUUAGUUAGUUAUGAGAAUACUUUUACAUAUUUUUUUUUUGUUUAAGCACUGCAGAUUAGAUUAUAAUUUAUUAUAAUGCUUAAAGGUUGUGUCAAAAUUGAUAAAUGGCAUUAUUUGAGCACAUUCUGACAUAUUUGUUGUAAUAUUGAUCCCAUGGAUGCUUGUUGUAAUUAGUAUAGUGAUGACGCAUUUGGUAUUAAUUUAUGUGAAAUUAGAAUUACUUAUUUAUAUUCAAGUACAUACAAUAAUUGAAUAGUUAUAAUCACGACUGUAUUUAUUAGGAUGAUUAUUUAUUAAAUGUCUUUAUUUGAUUUUGCUUUGUUUCGUAAGUAUUAGGAAUUAAAUUUGAUAUCAAUACAAUACAUAAUAACUAAACCUCGUCCAGCGCAUUUUUUGACACCAAGCUGAUCUCACAUUCGUUACGAUCCUGACCCCACAGAACUACGACCGUAAUUGUCAUGAACUAAAUGAUAUUUUAAUUAAAAAUAAAAUAAUUAGAGCCGGUCAGAUGGUUAGUAAAGAGCAGAGCAGUUAAAUAUUAGAGAAAUCUGAAGAUGUAGAGGUACGACAUUCGGUCAACGUAAUUUAGUCUUCCGCGCUCAUGAGGUUAAUUAGUUUGGCCCACUGUUCCGCAUGUACUAACAGCUUUUAACUGAGCAUCUGUGAACCUUAUGUCUUUGUAAUACGGUUUACGGAUAGUUAGUCAUCAGUUGCAGUGUCGACGAUGGUAUUAAGUAUUAACAGACUCGUGCUAUCUUAGCCCUUGAGUAACAGAUGUCAUUAUCACAUAUGCAAAGCCAGUUCUGGAUGGAACUUCGUGUUUCGUGUUUCUGAUACGAUCUGCUGUUGUCUAUUAUCAACCAGGAUAUUUAUGCGUGUGUACUUGUUUGUGUUGUGCAUCUGAUGUUGUAUUUUUAUGUACCUAUUUCUAAAUGUAAUUCUGUAUUAUAACAACCUGACAGUUGGCCAAGUGUUAAAUGUAUUAACACUUUCAGUGCCUAUUUCCAAUACAAAAUGAACACACCUAGCGUGUUCUUGGCAGUGAUUAGUUUUAAUAAACUUGUCAUGCGAUGUUGCCGUUGCGGAGUAUUUCCCACUUGAUGUGUGCAGCUACGAGUAUGAUUACCUAAGCAAUAGAAUUUAACGUCAUACAAAACGAGUGAUUUUUAUGUUGCCCCACCACGCAUGUAAAAAGUGUUGCCAUUUGAAAUCUCAUUCAGUAGUUUAACGUAUCGCGCAAUAAAUUCUAAGUUUUCCAAUAGUCAUUUUAAAUAUUCACUUAAGCUUUUAAGUUGUUCUGAAAUUAUAAGAAGCGGGCUUAAUAGGGCCGAUAUGUACAACAGUAAUAGGUCCUGUAAAAUAAUAAAAAAAAAGUUUUCCAAUGACACUUACGUUAAUUAUGCUUUCAUAAUUUAAACUAGUUAGGUAUUGUUAUUAAUAUAAUCCCACCGCUGUAAACGCUAUCAGGAUAUAACUUGUGCAAUUGUUUUUUAACAAACAACAUCAUAUGUUAAUUAAAUGCAAAAUUCCCAUCUAUGUAAAAAAUUUACAUAUCGUUAGGCUUUUGUCGGACGGGUGGCGAAAAAAACUUAAUAACACUGUCCUUUAACUGUAAACUAAAAUUUAAUAACACUGUCCACUUAAUAACAGAAACAGAAUGUUUGGAAUUGUAGAAAAGGUUUAAAAUGUAAAACAAUGGUCUUAUAUAGGUAUGUUUUAUGUAUUUCCUGAAAUAGAAGCAUUUAGUCCCGCGUUGUCAGUAAUUUAUGCAUAUAUUAUACUGUGCCUUAUACACUGUUAGUAGUUUAGUAGUGUUAGUAUUAUAUAAAGAUUAAGCUGUAACUGUAGUUGUUUGUACUAGCUAUAGGUAAAUACUAAAGCAGUUUACACUUCAAGUCUAACCUUAAGCAAACAUAGAUAAUAAAAUACUUUGUCAUAUCUAACGCUCAUGUCGGUAACGUUGACGAUGUUUGCAAAUCCAAAUAAAGGAUGUUUAAAAUAGAGUCAGUUCUCAAUAGUAUCACUCUGAAUUUUUUAAAGUUUACACGUGACACAUAACAAGAUAAGACGCGUUAUACAUAUAGAUACCUAUUUUAUUAAUAUUGUGAUACGCAUUUAGGUUUUCAAGUAUUACUUCAACUAGUUGGAUUAUAAUAUGUAAAAGCGG